AUGGCCGGCGAAAAGCCCAAGGAAGGAGUCAAGACUGAGAACAACGAUCAUAUUAAUUUGAAGGUGGUGGGGCAGGAUGGUUCUGUGGUGCAGUUUAAGAUUAAAAGGCAUACAUCACUUAGUAAACUAAUGAAAGCGUAUUGUGAACAACAGGGAUUGUCAUUUGAAAUAGAGGAUGAUGAUACAAUUGAUGUGUUCCAACAGCAGAUGGGAGGUGUCUACUGAGAAGGGAACCUGCUUUGUUACUCCAGAACUCU